GAUCAACAAAGCGUUUGAAUACCCUCGUAGCAACGGGGGAAGUGGCCAGCAUUAAGAUAUUGUUUUUGUUUUUUUUUUACAGCGCAAAUAAUGAUAUUUCAAGUUGACGUAUGCGCGGACUUCAGUGACAGAAACUUCUGGGGAGCUCUGGUUGCUCUGUAGGUGCCGCAGGCAGGCAGGCAGGCAGUCAGUCGGCGGGCGUCAUCGUUUCUGUUGUUUUGACGGCGCAAACCCGUGAAGCGACCAAUGAGUCAGCAGCUGAUCGGGGUUAAUUUUACCUAACCAGCCUAGAUAUAUAUAUAUAUAUAUUUAUAUAUACAUAUAUAUAUUUAUAUAUAUAACGAUAACAGCCCUGGUGAAAACAUCUGCAAAAGAGGGGUAACCUAACAAUGGCAGUUCCAGUAGCUGCAUUGCAACUGAGCACAUCAUCCAGCCCGGUUCUGCUGGAGCACAACGUCCACAUCAGCGACAGAGAUUUGGGAAGGAUUUCAAGUAACAGUGAAAACGACACUCUGCCUUUGCAUUCUCCGUGGACCUUCUGGCUUGAUAGAUCUCUACCAGGAACAACGGCUGCUGAAUGUGAGUCAAACUUGAAGAAAAUCUACACUGUGGAGACUGUCCAGAACUUUUGGAGAGUUUACAACAACAUACCCGGUGUCUCCAGCUUACCACUGAGAUGUAGCUAUCAUCUGAUGAGAGGAGAAAGGAAACCACUCUGGGAAGAAGAAAGCAAUGCUAAAGGCGGUGUUUGGAAAAUGAAAGUACCGAAAGAGUGCACUUCUGUUGUAUGGAAGGAGUUGCUGUUGGCUACUAUUGGAGAACAGUUCAGUGAUUAUUGUGCAUCAGACGAUGAAGUGGUCGGUGUCAGUGUCAGUGUAAGAGACAGAGAAGAUGUCGUUCAGGUCUGGAAUGGAAAUGCUUCUUGUGCUAACGAGUCAAACAUCUUAGGAAGGAUCUAUGAGCUUCUUCCGCAAAUACCUUUUAAGGCAGUGUUUUAUAAACCACAUGAGGAGCACCACGCUUUUGAAGGAGGGCGAUCAAGACAUUAGCACAUUUUGCACAUCAGAAACACGGAGAUAUACGAUAUUUUUCUUUGCUUAUGAACUUGUUUCAGACUAUAAUAUAUGGGCAAAUUUUGAAGCAAUUGAGUUCAUAGUUGCUUAUCAUCUUAAUUACCUCGAAGUAUAGCCCACGUAUUAAUAAACUCAGUCGAUGCAAUUUCCCAUCUUCUGAGCACUACUGUCAUUCAUAACAAUAUCCAAAAUACUUUUAUUUUAGCCAAAUGCAAAAAGGAAUUUUAGUUUAAUUUUAUCAAUGGCAGUGUUUGUAUGUUUUUAUACUGCAGAGUUUUGCAAAAACCGUAACUAGAACAGCAGAUCAUGUACAGUCAGGUUUUUUUUAGAGGUAUUUUAGCAUAUUUUGUGCAGUUUCCUGAGCACAGACAAAGCCAGGUCUCGGAAUUAAAUCUCAUUUUUUGGAUCUAAGAGGAGGCCUAGUUCCACAAAGCAAACCCCUUUUCUUAACAAUACAUUACAAGGCUUUUCUAGUCAGCUCUUUUCUCUGUUUUGUAUGUAACAGCUAAAAUACUAUUGCCUGUACAAGAAAACAUAAAUAUUUAGUAUGCUGUAAUGCUAAUAUAUGAACAGAGAAUUGCACCUUAUUUUUUUAUUUUCUUCUUUAGUAUACGAGAGAAGUAUGAAAGGAAUAUGUUCUUGUUACAAUAAAAUGACCUCAGUACACAAAACAUCAUUAGUAGAUGCUGAGAGAUAUAUGCAAUCAUUUCUAUUCUGUAGAAUUUGUGGCAAAUUUGCAGUGGUGUUGUUGUCCUAAAUCAAGCACUUUCUUUCUUACUGUAUAUGUAAAACAUCAGAUAGUCCCUCCAGGAUCAUAUGGACUUGUGAUAACUGAGACCAAAUACAAUUUGGCUUUGUGUCACCUUUUCUGAUGAAAGUGUGAAGCUGUUUUUCUUUUUGUUCAUUUGUUAUGAGUUUCUCUUUUCUGCUUUUUAAUACUAGCUGAGAAAUGUGGAUGACAAAGUUGAAAUUCUAUGUUUUUACGUGUUCAUAUGACCAGAGUUAAAUUUCUGAAACCUGCCCUUUGUGAAGCAAAUGAAACUGUCCCCAGGAACAAUAAACGAGUGACAGAGAGAAACCUGUCACAUGGGCACAAAAAAUAAAGAUGUUGCUCUUUCGGGGCUAUUUUAAUGAAUUUGUACAAAUCACUGGUGUUUGCUGCAGUUAUGCAGUCAGUGCAGCAGGGUCAAAUCUGUUUGAAAUAAGUUAAUAAGAGAUGGUUUGCUACUGCUGCACCAAAACAAUUUCAGUGUCUCAAAUCCAUAGAUUUAAAGGUUGGUUUUUUUUUUUUUUUGUGGUCUUAUAUCUAAUAGGUUGUAUUUAUGUUAUUGAAAUUUAGGAAGAUUAACUAUUAUACAUGUCACCAGAGGCACCUUUGCCGUCUGUUUCGGUCUGAGACAGUGUAUGAGUGAGGGAGUGAGAUUGUCUAAUCUAGGCUGCAUAGAACAGAGCAGAUUUUCUUGAAUGCUGGUACUACAAUACUAAGACAUUGUAGGCAGUCUUUUCAGAGAUAUGGAGUAUGCAUUGAAAUCCACAAAAAAACACUGCUGUGAUUCAUCAAUCAAAUCAAAUAUUUAAGUAUUUAUAAUGCUGGUGUCUCUACAACGCAAGAAUAAUCACAGAAUUUAGUUUUCACACCACUGACUUUUCCAAGCCUGCUUUACCUUCCUUGUAUUUUUUUAUGUAAUGAUUUUAAAAGUACAUACUGUAGGAUAAGAGAAAAACAAUACUGUCCACCUGCACAUGCACAGUUCACCACUCGCUGCAGAUCUCAGACCUUGUAUCCAAAUGUUGAUCUCUGAUGGUGCCUUGUGUUCACCAGCAGCUCAGAAUGUUACAGUCAUACGUGUUCAGCAUGUUGGACUUGUAUCUGUCAUGUUUCUCUGUUAGUUUUAUGUGUUGUUUGAAAAAUAA